AUGUCAUCGAGCGAAGAGGAGCUGGACCGCAACCUGUCGGAGGACGAGGACGUCUCGGAAGAUGAAAUUCCGGAGGAGGAGGAUGACGAAGAGGAAGAGGAGGAGACGCCCGUGAAGAAGCGUAAGGCCGCGGAUAGCAAGCCCAAGCCCAAGAAGCGCCGCAAGCCCGUAAACAAGUUUAUCGAGGAGGAGGCCGACGUGGAUGAAGACGAAGAGGAAGAGGAAGAUGAUGACGACGACUUUUAUCGCUCUGAGCGGCAGAUGGCUGAGGAAGUCGAGUCUGGCCACUCGUAUCGCUAUGAACCUCAAGAUCGCACACAGUUCGACGAGUCGGAAAGCGCCGAGGCCAUCGUAAACCGCAUCAAGAAGCGCCACCAGCAGAGCCGCAAACAGUACGACGGUGAUGAAGAGGGUGGCGACGUUAUCCAGAGCGAGGUGGCGCAACAGUCGCUCCUUCCUUCCAUCCAGGACCCGCGCAUGUGGGUAUUCAAGUGCAAACCUGGCCGUGAGCAGCACCUCGUGGUGGCGCUUAUGAACAAAUUUAUUGAGUUCGCGCGUCGCGGCGAGCCUCUCAUGGUCAAGUCUGUGGUGGCAUCCAACUCGAAGGGCUUUAUCUACGUGGAGGCGGAGCGUGAACCACACGCUAAGGAUUGCUUGAAUGGUCUGCGUGACGUGCAGCAGUGGUCGAUGAAACUGGUUCCUAUCCACGAAAUGACGUCGGUCCUCAAUGUUCAGACGCGGAGGAAGCCGCUUGUUGCUGGUGCUUGGGCGCGAAUGAAGCGCGCUGGACUGUACAAGGGCGACCUCUGCAAGGUUAUUGAGAUUCUCGACAAUGGCGCGCGAGCUGUGGUGAAAAUGAUCCCGCGCCUUGAUCCUAUUGUGCUAGCUGGAGGUGAGCAGCCUAAGUACAAAAAGGGUCAGCGCCCACCACAGAAGCUGUUUCACGCAAACAUGGUCCCUGGGGCGGACGUAGCUCGUCGUCGGUAUCCCUCCACGGGAGAAAUGAUGGAUACGUUUGAUAAUGAUUUCUACCAAGAAGGCUUCCUGAUCAAGGAAGUGAAUAUUGCCACUAUGCUGACGACGGAAGAUGUGAACCCGUCAUUAGACGAGAUCAAUCGCUUCUCGUCUGUUGCUGGGGAAGAUGGCGAGCACACUGCUGAAGAGAUGUUAGCCUCUGUUGAAGCCGACGACUGGAAGAACAAAGUGGAUCUUACGAAGGGUGAUACGGUGCGUGUGAUUGAAGGCGAUCUUAUUAACCUCAUGGGUGUCGUACUCAGCACCAACACUGCCAACGACACUGUCCGCGUCAUGCCGCUUCACGAGGAAAUUAAGGAUACGAUCUUGGACUUCCAGUUGAAGCAGCUUAUGAAGUACGUCAAGGUGGGCGAUCAUAUUAAGGUGGUAUCUGGAAUGUACUCCGGUGAAACUGGUACUGUCGUGGCAGUGGACGAUAGCGAAGGUGCUCCCGUGGCCAUUGUUUUGGUGGAUAGUAUGGCGCGAGAAAUCCAAGUUCGUGUUCGUGACUUGCAGGAGUCCGCGGAAAUCUCGCACGGUCUUGAUUCCUUCAAAGGCAAAGAGCUCUAUGAUCUCGUUGCCCUGGCUCACGGUGAUGUGGGCGUUAUUACCCAUGUCGGACGUGAGGGCUUUACAGUGCUUUGCCAGAAUGGACAGUCUCGAAACAUCUCUGACCAGGAAGUGCAGCGCAAGAUUGUAUCUUCGCGCACGACGGCGGCAUUGGACAAGAAGCAUAACCACGUUAGCGUUGGAGAAAUGGUAAACGUGGUGGAGGGGCCGUUCUCCGGUCACAGCGGCACUGUGAAGCAUAUUUACCGGACAUACCUCUUCAUUCACAACAACCGCGUCACAACGAACUCGGGCAUGUUUGUGACACGUGCGCGUGGAGUGAUCCUGUCUGGCAGCAAGGCCCGUUCCGAUAUGAUUUCGAACUCCACAGUGCCUCGAAUGGACGCCGGCAUGCGCCAGCAGAACCAACGAGGUGGAAGGAAUCAGCGCGAGUCCGAGUUGAUAGGUCAGACCGUCAAGGUGAAAAAGGGACGCUGGAAAGGAUACAUCGGUAUUGUCGUCGACGAAAGCGACCAAAAGGUCAAGGUGGAAAUUCAUUGCAAGGCGAAAGUUGUGGACAUCGAUCGUUUGCACAUCACUGUGGCUGGCACACGCGAUGGCAGUGUGGUGGACAAGCCUCGCUACGCUGGAACUCCGAUGACUGGCGCCACGCCGCUACCGUCGCAGACACCGCUCCAUGGCAGUGCAAUGACACCGAUGGCAACUCCAUUGCAUCGUGGUAUGGGUACUCCGCAAUCUUCUGCACGUGCUGGCGAUGCAUGGAAUGUUGGGAAUGAUGACGCGCUACUUGAAACGCAGAUGAACCAGGAGAAGGAUAUUACCCACGCUAAUAGCUUCGGCGUUCCACUGGAACCCACGGCGCCGUCUAGUGACAUGUCUAGCAACAGAUAUUCGAACCCGACGACGCCAAUGGCCCCGCGGUCUCCGACAAGAGAUGGUAUGAUUCCUGUAACUCCAGCUGUAAACCCGACGACGCCGGGAUUGAACCCCACAACGCCUGGGCUGAACCCGACGACACCUGGACUGCAGCCAAGAACUCCAGCGUACAUGAUGGGCCAUAAUCCGACGACGCCAGGUCUAAAUCCGACUACACCAGCACAUUUGUCUGCUGCAACACCUGGUAUGGGCCUCGAGCCGAUAGGAAUGGAGCCGAUGACUCCAGGCUUCAACCCAACGACACCGGGGUUGUCAGCGAUGACUCCUGGUCUCAACCCGGUGACACCGGGAAUCAAUACUCCGGGCUACAGUCACAAUCCGAUGACCCCAGGCUUUGGUGUGGCUACUCCUAUGGGUCGGAUGAACUCGGCUGCCACUCCUGCAGCCACUCCUGGCAUGAUGGGAAGCGGCGGAAUUCCUAUGACUCCUGCUUUCAACCAGGAUCUAAACGACGCAGCGGGUGGACCUGCUAAUGGAGAAGUUACGUGGAAGAUGAAGGGCGUUGAGGUUGAGGUGAUCGCUGGUGAACACAAUGGUAGCGUGGGAGUCAUCACCAGCGUGAGCAGUGGUUCAUGCUCUAUCGAUGUCGACGGUCGUGUGAUCACUGUGUCAUUCAACGACGUGCGGCCAGUGGUCCCAGAAAAGCAGGAUACGGUGAUCAUCUUAUCAGGCGACGAGGCUGGCACCAGGGGCUCGCUGAUCGGUACAGAUGCCUCGGAUGGUAUUGUCAAGGUUGACGGUGGCUCCGAGAUUAAGAUUUACGCAAUCGCAUCGCUGGCCAAGAUUGCACACAGUAUCGGCCGGCAAGCCAUCCACCGGAGGUAUUGGCGCCAAUGCUCGGAAGCCUACGCACCAGACCAACCCGCCCCACGGCCACAAUCCCGCGCUUUAUGUCGAAAGCAUAAGUGA